UUUUUUUUUUUUCAACUUUACAUUCUCCUACCUUCCUCCAUCUUUUCCUUUUUCUUCCUUGUCAUGAAUCCUUCUAAUCAGGGUCCACCUGAUGCCUUUUCACAGACUUUGGAGAAAACACCCCGUACACAGAAAAACUCACAGCAACGUCAACAACAAAAAAGACUUUCUACUACAUCUACAGACCAGCCACCAAUUCAUAGACUUUCUCGAUUGUUUGAAAAAGACACCACUAGUACUCAGUCAACGAAACCAAAACUACCAAGAAAACCUCCGUCUUUACGCUCUACACAAACCAACACUCAUUUAACUGGAUAUCCUCCAUCACCUUGCCAUGAAACAACGGUUGAAAAUGAUGAUUCCAAUAACGUCGAUCAAACUUCUUUUGCCUUUCAGGACAUACGAGCUCGUUUCCAGCAGUCAAGCCUGGACGACAAUAAGAAGGUUCUGCUCAGCAAACGAAACCCUUCUAUACGACCCAUCUCUUCUAUUACUCACGAAAGUUUUCAGUCUGUACAAAAACAGGAUACGCAAAACAAGAAACCACCAAAACUUUUAUCUCACAACUCAAGGAAACCUCCCACAGUACCACGAAUGACCAAACGACCAGAUUCGAUGGUUGCAGAGAUAAGUGAACGCCUUGAAAAUGGAAACUUGACACCCAUCUCUCCAGUACAAACACAUAGUUCCAAUUCUUCUCGUCGGUCAUCCACAGGGAUUGCUUCAUAUCAAUCUUAUGCACCUGGAGCAACAACAUUACCACCACCAGCACCACCACCACCACCACCAUUACAACGUGACAUGGUAGCUGAUGAUUUUACUGACCUACCUCAUCCUCGACUACUUAUACCAAAACGAUUAUCUUCAACUACCCUGAAACAUCCAUAUCCAUCUAGUCCAAAGACCACUACAACUUCUACAACUGGUUCUUCUUCUAUUCACAUGAUAUCAAGGUCCGGUACUGGUAACAGCAUACUUAGUGCAACAUCAUCCAGUUCUUCAUCAUCUUCUUCAGCGCCUACUACAGCGCCAUCCCCGUCAAAACGUACAUGGAAUAAUUAUGGAAAUACGAUUACAAGCUGGUUUGGAUCAAGUAAUACUAGCGAACAGCAGCAACAAUCACUGAAGGAUUCGAUCACGAUGGUGAACAGUAUACCAUUAUCAUCAUCUUCAUCAUCAGCUAUUGACAACAAAUAUAACAGUUCUAAUACCAAUCAUCAUGCAACAUCAACACCGCCAUCACUUACACCUCAAUCGUCUGGAACGAAAAAUAUGAGCCAGGAAAGCAAGCGCGUGAAAAUCAUCAGCGAAAUAGUGGAAACUGAAAAGAAUUAUCAAAAUGAUAUGUUGGUACUAAAGGAAGUGUAUUACGAUCAAGCUCUCUUACCAGAUUCUGGUUUUUCCCCUUCUGAUGUGAAACAUGUGUACUCUAAUCUUUUGGCUAUUGUGGAUUUUGAAGUUAUAUUUGUUGAUCGAUUAUCAAGUGCAACGAGUGGGGAUGGUGGAUCUUGUACGCUUGGGUCGGCAUUUUUGGAUAUGGUAAGACUUCAAAGACAAUUAAAAAAAGGAUGAUUGAUCAAAAUGAACUUUUUUUUUUUGUUAGAUGCAACAAAUUGAUCAAGUUUAUUGCGACUAUUGUAAACGACAUGAAGAUGCAGUGAUUCGACUUCAGGAACUGGAAACCAAACCUCAAGCU